AUGAGUCAAUUGGACGACUUGGACGACCUCAUUGCCAGCCUCGACACUGCCCAGAACCCAGUUCCUCCAGCGGGUUCGGGUGGUCGUCGGGACUCGUUCGACGUCCUGCUCGAGAGCCUCUCCGGUUCUUCUUCGCCCGCCCUGAGCAAACGCGCCUCCCGUCCAGUGUCGAGGCGUCUGUCGCGAAAGCCGUCUGGUGCUAACGUCCUGCCCGCGGCCGGCGGCGCGCCGAUGCCUGCGGGCGCCACAGCAUCGUUCGAGGCCCUACUCGACAGUCUCAACGAGCCGCCCUCGUCCCCCGCGCCAGCGCCGCCCGGCAGUGGCAGCGGCAGCCCCUCCUCGCGCCUAUCCCGCGCGCCCAUGUCGCCCCACUCCGAGCCGCCGGCACCACACGCUGCCAAGGCGGACGACGACCUGCUCGACCACUUGCUCGAGUCGCUCGACAUCGGGUCCGCUCCGCCUGCUGCUGCGCCCGCGCGCGCGUCGACCGCGUACCAGCAGCCCGCAGGCAAUCCUCGGGCGUCGCUCUCGCAGCCCGGGCGUGCCACGUCAGCACAGCCCACCAACCCGCGCGCGUCGGUGCGUCAGGAGGCCGCCACCGCCUUCGCGGGCGUCGAAGAUUCGCUGGACAGCCUGCUGGCCGCCCUCGACGGCUCGUCGUCGGGCAACUCAUCGCCCGCGGUGGCUCCACGCACCACUGCCUCGCCCUCGAACUACAGUGCUCCGCAGGCGUCGGCGGGUGGGGAGGAGGCCGACUUCGACAGCCUGCUGGCGCAGCUCUCCGGCGAGCAGCCCGCGCCCGCGCGAAACGUUCCCGCCGCGUCGUCGAGGCGACAGCCGCAGCCCGACAUGGCCACGCUCCGUCCCUCGUUCGCCGAGACGUACCCGAUGCACGCCACUUUCGAGGAGCUCAGUGCCGCCGCCGAGUGGGAGGCUGAACCUGUCAGGCAGUCGCUGCCGCAGCCCUCCCGGGCGUCGGUGGUCUACGCCGACGAGAGGCGGGACUCGGGCAGCCACCUCCAGCCGCAGUACGCCACGGUCGAGUCGAUCGACCCGGCCCAGCCCCACGGCUACGGCCCGCGCCCGGUCUCCCAGCAGAUGCAGCAGCCGCAGCCGAGGGCCAGUGUCGGAUACGGCUCCGGCGGCGUGCCGAGCCCGACGCCCUCGCCGUACGGGUCAGCCGGCUCCGGUGGUUCGUCCCCCGGGCAGGGCUACGCGUCGCCCCAGCAGGCGCGCUACUCCCAGCAGCCGCAGCAGCAGCAACAGCCCUACCAGCAGCCGGCCUACCAGCCUCCGCAGCAGCAACAGGCGGCCUACCAGCAGCCCGCCUACCAGCAGCCCCAGCAGCGCCAGAGCUACCAGCAGCCGCAGCAGGGCUACCCCUAUCAGCAGCAACAACCCCAGCAGCACCAGCCGUACCAGCAGCCGCAGCAGGGCUACCCCUAUCAGCAGCAGCAACAGCAGCACUAUCAGCCGCCGCAGCAGGCCUACCAGCAGGCCAUGGCGCCAUCGGCCUACUCCACGGCCGGACCCAGGGCCUCCACGCCGAUCGCGCGCCCGCCCGCCGAGUUCGACGGAGCCGCCUUUGAGGAGGAGUUCAAGCGCGAGAUCAAUCUGCUACGCAGGGACCCCCAGGCCUACGCCCGCCUGAUCGAGACCGAGCGCAGGCCCUACUACCAGGACAAGAUCUACGCCGCGCCCGGUAUUUCCCAGGCGCCUAGGCUUCUGACGAGGGAAGGCCUUCCGGCGUGCGAUGAAGCCAUCCACUUCCUCAUGUCGUGCCAGCCUGUGCACGAAGUGGAGUUUGACUCCGGCCUGUGUCUCGCGGCCAAGCAGGCGGUGACGGAAGGCGCGCCCACCGGCAGCACCAACAUCUCGUCGCUCAACCACAUCCAGGCCUACGGAGUGCUCACCGGUGAGAUCUCUGAGCUCUCCAAGUUUGGCGCCCUGACCGGCAGAGAGAUGCUCAUGACCUGGCUCAUCAGCGACGGCGACGCCUCUCGCCUUCACCGAUCACUGAUUGUGGUGUAUAGGAGCGUGGUGACCGACCCGAAGUGGAGCAAGAUGGGUAUCGCGGCGGCCAAGCACAACUCGGUGUACAAGACCAUCGGCCUCGCCACCUUCUGCACGGGCUUCGAGAACAACACCGCGGUAAUGGACAAGAUGGGCUCCUUCAACUACCUCUGGUCCUAG